GAAUUUUCCAGCUUCUUUUGACACGACACGUUUCACUUUGAGUUUUUCCCUUUGGUGCAAGUGAAUAUCUAUGGUGGCUUUCGUUCGAAGUAGUACCAGGACUUUUUGUUAGUCGUCGGCGUCCAGCUAUGGCGGGUUAUGGAGGACAGAGGGAUCACGGGAGUGAUCGCCGUGAUUAUGACGAAGGGGAUAGGAGCGGCUAUGAGCGAGAUAGAGGCAGCUAUGAUAGGGGCCCACUGCCCGCACCCACGUCGUUACCGCAACUCGCAGCCGUCAUCAUCUUCAGAUUCCCAUCAUGGGCGGUCUUUGUCACCAUCUAGACAUGAUCAGAACUUCCCUCGGCGUUCCUCCAGCGAUCCUAUCCACUCGAAGGUGGCUGAAAUCGGUAAAAGUGUGGCCGUCAAUUGUCAAUAUGUGGAGAACGAGCAACAGAAGAAAGCAGUGAAGGAGAGCCGAAGGAUCGAGAGGAAGGAGGCAGAGGAAUGUGAGGCUGCAGAGCGCUUGCAAUUGGACCAGAAUAGGAAGGAGGAGGAGGAUAAAGCCAGGAAGAACGUGAAACGUAUUGAGGAGAUCAAUAAGAACGUGGAUAUUAAAGUGGCAGUGCGCGUUGGUGAACUGCGUGAAGAUGUACGGGAGGAUGUGCGGCAGGAGGUUCGAGAGGCGAUUAACGAACUAUCUAUGGCAGUUGCCAAAGGGAAGCAGAAGGUAGUUUUUCAGGAUACAUCACUGACUCAAAGUGACGCCAGCAGCAGCGAGACUGAAGAACUUGAACUUCGUGGACGCACUCGCAAUUUGUGCAUUUCAGAGAAAUGUAAGCGCGAACCAGAGCCGAUCUUUGAGGACAGCCCCCCGAUGGAGCUGCCACCUAAGCGCUAUGGCCCUAUGGGUAAUGCCGUGUCGAACAGUAACGGUGGUUUGCUACCAACGUCGACUUCUUCCUCUCCGCAAGUGGCUGGUGCAUCCAACGUGCUGAAUGCAAUUGUGCCUUGUCAAGCGCCUCAGAAUAGAAGCGGAGAACUUGAGAGAAGGGAGUAACGACAAUUAUUGCAACUAUGGUGGUAACUACGGGGGUAAUUAUGGAGCCAAGUUCAGGCAACAACUUUCGUAACAAUCAGGGUUAUGGAGGACAGAGAUUUAGUGAGUCUUUGGGAGGAGGUUUCAAAGACUCAAGCGAUGGCGAAUACUUCAACAAAAUCUAUAAACUUCU